AGUAUGUAGUUAUCUGUGGGAUAUGAUUGUAUUUUGUCAAUUUUAAGGUUACUGUAAUAUGAUUAGAUAUUAACCAAGGAGUAUAGAAGAUUUUAAAGUUAGCAUAAGCCGAAACGUACUUAUUAAAUAAAAUGAUUGCAAAGUGUAGCUUCCUAUGUUAUUGAUUUAUUUCAAAUGGAAUAAGGUUUUGUCACAAUGGAGCAUUUCUCCGUUAAUGCAACAAUAAUAGACUGAAUACUUUACAUGCAAGUGUUGGCACAGAAACAGAGUUUAAGCAUGGCUGCCAACUGUUCUGUGCACCGUGGUCAUCGCCGCCAGGAGUCCAUGUACACCAUGACGGGACUGUACGCAGAGACGCCGGCCUCAGGUGAAGAGGCGACUACUGCAGUCACAACUGCUCCAAGUCUGUCUGCGGUCACCUGCUGCCAUGACACCGUCAUAAAAUGUCAUAGUCGGAAUCCUUCAGUUGGAAUCGUCGACAGAACUGAAAAAGAACAUCCUCCUUUUCCAUCACUGGAAGAAUCUCGAGAUUGUGGGAUUUUAUCUCUCCGCCCCAAAUUUCUUCAGAGAUUUGCAGGAAUAAAGGUGUUUGUCCUGCUGAUAUCGGUGCUUGUUUUACUUCAACAAGCGCUUAGCUCUGGUUACAUCAACUCGGUAAUAACGACUAUCGAGAAGAGGUUUGAAAUUCCUUCCAGCUUGUCUGGUCUUAUAGCAUCAUCCUAUGAGAUUGGAAAUGUUUUCACAGUUAUUUUUGUCAGCUAUCUGGGAAGUCAACGUCAUAUUCCAGUUUGGAUUGGAGUUGGGUCUGUAAUAAUGGGCAUAGGCUCGUUAGUGUUUGUGCUGCCCCAUUUUAUUACUGAACCUCACCAUGCAUCUACCAUUGCUAACGCAAGUGCAGAAAAUAUUUGCAGAGGGAUUUCUUUGCGUGAACAAGAUAUUGGACUUGGUAGACUUUCAUCAGCAAGCCUGUCAGCUCCACCCCUUGCACCACAUAGCACACGAAUAGACAACUGUAUCCAAGGCUCACCAUCAACAUUGGUUCCUGUAGUUUUGUUUGUUGUUUCGCAAUUACUUUUGGGUUGUGGUGGUUCUCCACUUUUUACACUUGGGACAACUUACAUAGACGACCAUGUUUGUCCAGAUAGUGCAUUACUCUACAUUGGUUUCAUGUACAGUAUGGCUGCAUUUGGGCCGGCUCUUGGAUUUUUACUUGGAGCAUACCUUUUAUCAUUUCACAUGGACUCAUUUACUAGCACUUUAAUAACUAUUGAUCCAGAAGAUCAGCGAUGGGUGGGAAUGUGGUGGGGAGGAUUUCUUCUCUACAGCGUUCUGCUCGUUCUGGUUGCUAUUCCAUUUUUUGCCUUUCCUAAAAUACUGCAGAGAGAAAAGGGGAAGAUAGGUCUGGUUAAAAAGCCUCAACUCGAAGGCAGCCGUUCGCUCCCGCAGUUGGGAAGAAGUGGUGCAGCAAGAAGCCACACAAACGACACAGGCUAUGGUCACAGCGUCAAAGAUAUACCUCGUUCAAUGUGGAGGUUAGUGAGUAACCCAUUGUACAUUGUGACCUGCUUAGCUGCAUGCAUGGAACUGGUUAUUGUCUCUGGUUUCAUUGUGUUUUUGCCAAAGUACUUGGAAACACAGUUUAGUCUGGGAAAAAGUCAAGCAAGCAUCUUCACAGGUUCGGUUGCUAUUCCUGGUGCCUGUAUUGGUAUUUUUAUGGGUGGUUGCUUGAUGCAAAGAUUAGUACUUAGUCCGAAGGGAGCUGUGCAGUUUGUAAUGAUAUGCAGCACCAUAUGUUUGGUGUGCUAUGGCUUCCUGUUUUUCUUGGGUUGUGAAAAUGUCAAGAUGGCUGGCACCACAAUUCCAUAUUUUAACAGCUCGAAACCAGAACCAUUUCAAGUGAACUUGACAGCUGCAUGUAAUUUUGGGUGUGAAUGCAGAACAACUGAUGUGGAACCUGUUUGUGGAAACAAUGGACUAACGUACUUCAGUCCUUGCCAUGCUGGUUGUACUACUUUCUCUUCCUCAAGAGCCAACUUUUCCAACUGUGCCUGUAUCAGAGCCAAUAUUAGUGGAUUUUUGGUCACUGGAAGUAGUCCAUUAACAGCAGCUGAAUAUGCAGAAGUGAUUGUUGUUCCUGUUGCAACAGCAGGACCAUGUAAUUCACUAUGCAGAACAAUCUUUCCAUUUCUCAUAUUGUUGUUUUUUAUGACGUUUAUCGUUGCUGUUACUCAGAUGCCUCUUCUGAUGAUUGUGUUGAGGUCUGUUAGUGAAGAAGAGCGGUCAUUUGCUUUAGGAAUGCAAUUUGUGAUAUUCCGUUUGUUUGGGUACAUUCCUGCACCAAUUUUGUUUGGGAAUUUAAUUGAUUCUACGUGCCUCUUGUGGAAAAGUAUCUGUGGCGAGAAAGGUGGUCGCUGUUUGUUGUAUGAUAUUGAAAAGUUUCAUUUCAGGUACAUAGGGAUCUGUGCUGGUAUCAAAACUCUGGCAUUAGCCAUGUUUGCUGUGGACUGGUGGCUGGUUCGUCAACGCCUCCACUCGGAGAAUCAGCAUCAACUUACUCUGGGUGAACUCAUUGGCUCAAUUAUAAGCCUGGACAAGUUGUUUGAAGAGAAUCCGGCUGGAAUGCUGCGUAGUGUUUCCUUGCUGCCGUCUCUCACAACGAAGGCCCAUCUCAGCCAGAAUGUUCAAUCUCGAUCGCUACCUCGUAAUCAAGACAUCAACAUGAAAACAAUAGGGGUUCAUGGAAGCAGACAUACUCGUAGUAUUAGUGCAUAACCUUUUGUUGAAUGACUAUUCAUUCAGUUGAAAAUAAGACACUUUUCACAUGUAUGCCUUUCAGAGUUCUUGGUAGGGUCUAAAACAUAGAAGCAAGCUUAGAAAUACUCACAAACAUCUUGUAAGAAUUAUUGAAUGAAGUAGGUUUUUCUCAGCCUUAAUCUUAAUUUUGGCUUAAAAUAAUGCCUAAGAAAACUUACCAUAAAUAUUUACCGUAGCAUAUUUUUCAUGUGUACACACUUGUUCGUAUGUUUUCUGGUUCCUGAAAUAACAUCUUUUUUCUUUGUGAUUAUUUUGUUUAUUUAUAAUGUAUUUAAUGGAAACAUAUUCAUUAAAAAAAAGUCUUUAAUAUGUAACAGUAGAGAGUACUUUUCCAUCAUGUAUUUUAUUCUGUUGUCUAUUUUGUAGUUAUGUGACCAAGUGUUCUUAUUUGUGUCGUGUUAAUGAGAGAGAGUGAUUUUUCUCAUUCCUUAUGUGUGAUAUAAAGUUGAUAAGAAGAAUGUGUGUACCAUUGCUGUAAAGGCACAUUUUAUGUAUAAAUGAAAAUUUUAUCUAUUUUUAUAUUUGUGUAUCACAUUUAUGUAUGUUCUUCACUUGUAUAUUAUAUUGAUACAGUUCUUUAUAAUGAAAGCACAUCUAUUAUACAACCUAUGUAUAAAAAGGCAUUGUGCUUAAUAAUUGUAAUUACCUAAAUUAUUGAAGAUACAUUUAUUUUAUAAUGCUGUUAAUAAAUUAAUUAUUUAAAACU